CCAGCCUCUCCGCCCCUCUCGGCGCUCGCAGGUGAAAGCGGCGCCUGCCUGACGCGCUCGGGCGGCAUUUCCGGGUGCCGAGCCAGACGCUCUCGGGCGGCCCGGCAGCAUGAGCGGCUCCGAAGAGGCGAGGCAGCUGGAGCUGCUGGGCGGCCUUAAAGACCAAGCUAUUGGUGAAUAUGAAGAUCUAAGAGCAGAAAAUAAGAAAACAAAAGAAGAGUGUGACAAAAUCAAACAGCAGAGAGAUGAAGCAGUCAAGCAGUUGGAAGAGAUUCAGAAAAUUUCUCACAUGGUCAUUGAGGAAGUGAGCUGCAUACAGAGCCACCUUGAAAUUGAGAAGACAUGCCGUGAAAGUGCAGAAGCUCUGGCCACUAAGCUGAACAAAGAAAACAAGACUCUGAAAAGAAUCAGCAUGUUGUACAUGGCAAAACUGGGGCCGGAAAUAAUCACUGAAGAAAUAAACAUUGAUGAUGAAGAAUCGUCCACAGAUACGGAAGGUAGUCCAGGGGCAUGUGACUCGGUGCUUUGCCAGCAGAUGAUAAAAGAUCUGCGGGAUCAAAUUAUAUCUCUUCAGGAGGAAAAGAAGGCCUUAACCAUUGAGCUGGAAAACCUGAGGAGCAAAUUAAUAGAAGAAAUUGUGGAUGUAAAUAAAGUCAAGGAAGAAAAUGCAGUCUUGACAGCCGAAGUUCAGAAGCAGCAGAAGGUGUUGGAAAAAUGUAACCGAAUGUCUGUACUGGCAGUAGAAGAAUAUGAAGAGCUGCAAGUAAACUUUGAAUUGGAGAAAGAUCUGCGGCAGAGAGCGGAAUCCUUUGCACAGGAGAUGUUUAUUGAACAAAAAACACUGAAGCGGCAAAGUCAGCUUCUCCUGCAAAAUGCUGCCCCCGACGAACAGCUUUUGAAAGCCCUGGAUGAAAAUGCCAAGCUGAAUCAAACACUGGAGGAAGAGAGGCUGCAGCACCAGCAAAAGGUUGAAGAACUGGAAGAACAAUUAGCUAAUGAAGUCUUGAAUAAGGAAAUCAAAUCCCUUAAACAGCAGCUAGAACUUUUAGAAGAAGAUAAAAAAGAAUUAGAGGAAAAAUACCAGAAUGCUGAAGAAAAAGUUAAAAACCUAAAGCAUUCAGUCGAAGAGCUUCAAAAAAGAAUACACCAAUCAGAAAAUGUUAUACCACCACCACCACCACCACCACCUCCACCUCCUCCUCUUCCUCCUCCACCUCCUCCACCUCCAAAUCCAAUAAGGUCGCUGAUGUCAAUGAUUCGUAAGAAGUCUCAUGCAAAUAGCAGCGUGGCAAAGAAAGAAAAGGCAUCUCAGCAAGGCUCAGGAGAAGUAUCGGAUCUGAAGAGACAAGCUGUUGAAGAAAUGAUGGAUAGAAUUAAAAAGGGGGUUCACCUUAGACCUGUUAAUCAGACCAGCCGUUCUAAGACAAAGCCAGAAGUACCCAAACCCUCUGAGAGUGCAAUGAAAGAGUUAAAGGGAAUUUUGGAAACGAUGAAUACAUCUGCAAGUUCAAGAAGCCUAAAAUCCCUUGAGGCAGAUAGUAAUGAAACAGAAUUAGAAAGAAUUUUGCGGCUCAGGAAGGUGACGACUGAUCAAGAUAAUAGCAAUCCAAUUGGAAUAUUGGCUUCUUCUGAAUCCAAAUCUAUGCCAGUGUUGGGUUCCAUUGAAACACAGUCUGGAUUGAACAAGAAAACUCUGGCAGCAGAACUUGGUCCCAAUUCUUUGGGGUCGGAUGAAAAGUGUCACAAAAUGGUUGAAAGCACAAGUUCCGACAUUCAGUCAUCGGCCAACAUGGGGCUUAAAAAUAAGGUUGCUGGUACAGAAAAGGAAGCAGAAUCAAUGGUACUACUGAGUCCUGAGAAAACCAAAGAGCCCACGCCUGGACAUCUGAAUCAAGACAAGGGGACUGAAGAAAAAGGUCGUCAGCUUCAUAAAGAUACUAGCGUUCGGAAAACAAAAGAGACAGACAGCUCUCAUUGCUAAUUGAUGUGCUAAAAGGCAUUAACUUCUGGAAGUUCCUUUCAGAAGAGGUGGCUGUGGGAUUUUCUGCCUCAGAUGUCAAAGUAACUUGACCAGCCUAAGGUACAUAUAUGCACCAUGACCAAAGGUGCACAAUUUGCUUGCACUGCCUCAGGCAGCAAAAUGUAUUGGUCGAGACCUGCUCUAAGUUAGAUACAUAUAGGAUUGCAUUGUUAGUGUAGUAACUGUGUGUGUAAUUUUUAUUUUUAUUUUGCAUGUUUGUUAAGCAAAUAAUGGGAUUGAUCUAAUCAUUUAACUGUUUCAUAAAUAUGGGGAAACAUGUCCAUUUGCUUUCCAUGAACUUGCCCUUCAGUAGGUUUUGUUUCCUACUAAUUGCUUUUGCACUUAGAUAUCAGUUUGAUUACAAUGAAUUUCAUAUGGCGAUUUCUAAAUGUAUUUUUCCUUGAAUUCUUACAGGAGAAUAUGCAAAAAAAAUGAAAAUGUAUUUCUUUCUAGUUAAAUUAUUUGUUAUACUAUGAUAUAAAUUAUUUAUCUUUUUAAUGCUGCUUAUUAAAAAAGGUUUUUGACUUUUU